GUUAUUGAAAGAGACAAAAUGAGGAAGUUCCUGUCUUGCAUCCUCUGGGCUCUGCUCUGCUGCUGCUGGACGACACAGGCUGAGAUCUUCACUUCCAUAAGCCAAAUGACGGACCUGAUCUACACAGAAAAAGAGUUGGUCCAGUCCCUGAGGGAAUACAUUCAAGCCGAAGAGUCCAAGCUUGCUGCUGUCAAAAGCUGGGCCAACAAACUUGAUGCUCUAACCAAAGUGUCCACCUCUGACCCAGAGGGCUACCUGGCCCACCCAGUAAACGCCUACAAACUGAUGAAGAGACUCAACACAGAGUGGACUGAACUGGAGACUCUGGUGCUUCAGAAUCCCUCUGACGGAUUCAUUUCCAACAUGUCCAUACACAGACAAUACUUCCCAGAUGCAGAGGAUGAGACGGGUGCAGCCAAGGCAUUGAUGCGUCUUCAGGACACGUACCAACUGGAUUCCGAGGCCUUCUCCAAAGGAAAGCUGCCAGGUAUACACUCCAAUGCCAUACUCACGGUGGAUGACUGCUUUGAUAUGGGAAAGACUGCUUAUAAUGAUGCAGACUAUUACCACGCUGUGCUGUGGAUGCAGCAGUCCUUGAAGCAGCUGGAUGCCGGGGAGGAAACUGUGGUUUCCAAGGAGGACAUUUUGGACUACCUCAGCUAUUCAGUUUACCAAAUGGGAGACCUACCUCGGGCCAUUGAGCUUACACGCCGGCUGGUGGCUAUUGACCCCAGCCACCAGAGGGCAGGAGGAAACCUGCGGUACUUUGAGCGGUUACUGUCAAAGCAGCUCAACGAGCUGAACCAGGACUACCAGCCUGCCUCUGAGGAGCCCAUCCAGCUGGGAACCUACAUCAGACCUAAAGACCAUCUCCCAGAGAGAGAGGCCUAUGAGGCUCUCUGCAGAGGGGAAGGGCUCCAAAUGAACGACGCGAGGCGCAGCCGGUUGUUCUGUCGCUACCAGGAUGGUAAAAGGAACCCACGUCUCCUGCUGAAGCCCAUGAAAGAGGAAGAUGAGUGGGACAGCCCCCACAUUGUACGCUACCUGGACGUGCUGUCACACAAGGAGAUUGAGAAGAUUAAGGAGCUGGCUAAACCCAGGCUUUCCAGAGCUACUGUCCGUGACCCCAAAACAGGCGUCUUGACCACAGCCAACUAUAGAGUAUCAAAAAGUGCAUGGUUGGAUAAAGAGGAUGACCCCAUCAUUGACAUGGUCAACCGGAGAAUAGAAGACAUCACAGGCCUUACAGUAGACACUGCAGAGUUACUCCAGGUCGCCAACUAUGGAGUUGGAGGACAGUACGAGCCACAUUAUGACUUCUCAAGGCGUCCUUUUGACAGCAACUACAAUGGUGACGGAAAUAGACUUGCCACCUUCCUAAACUACAAAGAUGAGCCUGAUGCUUUCAAAAGAUUAGGCACUGGAAAUCGUGUGGCAACUUUUUUGAACUACAUGAGUGAUGUUGAGGCGGGAGGUGCCACGGUCUUCCCUGACUUUGGCGCAGCAAUCUUGCCUAGAAAGGGGACGGCAGUGUUCUGGUACAACCUGUUCAAGAGCGGGGAGGGAGACUACAGGACCAGGCAUGCAGCCUGUCCUGUCUUAGUAGGAAGUAAAUGGGUGUCAAACAAGUGGUUUCACGAGCGGGGACAAGAGUUCAGGAGACCCUGUGGUCUGACAGAAGUGGACUGAAGUUUGACCCUCACCUAAAGAACAUGCAAAAGACACACACCUUCAGUAAUUCUGGCAGUGAUGCAACUCGGAGACCAAUAAUUUUCUCUCCCUCAGCAUGAUAAUGAAAUGUUUUAUGAGGAAAUUAGGAAACUGUUACGUGAGAUGUGGAUGGAUAAUUUCUUUGGUCUUUGACCAGAAGAAACGGAACUCAGUUCUCUAUCAUGCAUCCACAUACCGCCCCACUUAAGUAAAUAAGUAAAUUAAGAAAAGAAUUUGAUUUAAAAAAAAAUGUUCUGUUAUUAGAAAUAAAUAAUGAACAUUUAACACACACGCACGCACACGCACACACACACGCACACGCACACGCACACGCACACGCACACACACACACACACACACACACACACACAGCUAUAUCAGUACAAUAUUGGUUUGCCAUUGUACAUCCAUGUUACAGUCAACUCUAAUUUUAAAUGAACUUAAUGGUAAAUCCAAAUGUGAGUUAUCUCCAAAUAUUUCUUUGCUAAUACCGAAAAAAAACUUGUCUUUUUGUUCUCAGUCUCCCAGACUGCUCUACUAAGCUUUUUAUCUACACAACUAGAAACAACCAUGAACUUUUCAAAGUAAAGAAUUAGCAUAUCGGUGUUAAUACAAAGAAGCCCUUAUUCAUUUAAUUUUAAUAUUUAUAUUUUAGCUGUUACAAACACCAAAACCUACCGGAAGUGUACAAAAACCUUGCAAAUUUUAUCAGAGCUGGUCAUUCAGUUAUUUCAGUGUCAUAGAUAUGUUUCUUAAAGAGAAAAAAACACAUACAUUUAACAAAUUUCUUAAUUAGAAGCAUCAACUAAGUUAAGAAAUGUAUCAGUUUUUGAUAAUAUAUACAUUUUGUUUGACUUUUUUUUUGGUAAUUGACCCAGACUUGUGGGCCCAACUGUAGACUGUAUCACAUUACAAAAACGCCUUGGACGCAAAGUUAAGACUAUGGGCUGGUAUUGGCUCUAUUUAGAGUUUUAAUUUGGGAAAAACAACUUUAUUCUGUUGGUUACCAUCAGUCGUUUAAUAUAAAUUGGUUUCAAUGUUUCUUAAUUGUAAAUGUCUUUGUUUGAUUUAUCAACACUCCAUGCUUUAUCAUUUGCACCCACAGGGUUUUAUUUUCCUUUAAACUUGACAAAUUAACAUAUUUUCUCCAAAUAAUGUCCUGAUGUUUUUAUUUAUAUCUAGUUUUUAAAUUAUUACACUGUUACAUGUUGUGCUCUUUCUACAAGAUGGCAAACAAGCAAGUCAAUAAACAGUCUUUUAUUAAAA